UGUUGUGUCUCGCUGUUUCAAGUAGUUUGCGAGGAAUGUCGUCUUUUACUACUUUUCAGGUUCAGGUGGCCUCCAUCAUGGAGGUUUUAGCGAAAACGGCAGCAGCAGAAAUUACGAAACUAGUUGAUGAUGGGUCUGCUGUUUGGCGAUUGGAGAUGAGCAGAAGCCAAAGAGAGAACGAAGCGCUAAAAGCGAAGUUACUGCUGAUGGAGGGAGAGCUCAGGGCUGUGCGAGGAUACGGAGAGGGAACGCCGGACAAUUCUCUAAAACUCUCAUUUGAAGUUCCGGUUUGCGACGAAUUCACAGAAGCACAAAUACGCACUUCAGGGGCAGCUGCUGCUAAUGAUGGUGAAGGACCCCUCUGUAAGGAGGAGGAGCUGCACAUGCCACUCUGCCCUGCAGGAGACCCAGAAAAGGAGCUGCAAGCAGAACUCAAACAGGAGCCAGAGGAGCAGCCUCUCACCCCCACACUCCCCCUGUCUGUGGACUUGGGGCUGGAGCUCCAGUCUGUGUGGAGCAAGGCCAACAGCUUGGAAAUUUCUCAGGAAAAAAAGAGACAGUGCGUAGGAAGCUUGGAGCCGGUUGAUGCCCGGUUAGAUGACGACUUCUCUCCUCCGCAUUACACAGCUCGGAGGCCAUGCUUGGAGAAGGGCGAGGGGUCAGCAUCACAACAACAGAAACAAAAUGGCCACCCCCUCUACAAAGAGUGCUCUUAUGGGCUGCCUGAUGAGGUUUCAGCAGAGCUGGCAUUCCCUCUGGGUUCUCCAGGAGAGUGUGAUGGAAGCGCCCCGUGUGAGGCGAGUUCUGACACGUCAGCAGAAGCAAAGAGUCCCUGCAGAACUGAGGGACAGGAGGAGGAGUUCAUCUGCACACGCUGUGGGAAGAGCUUUACCCGACUAGGUAAUCUUAAAACUCAUCAAAGGGUCCACACCAGAGAGAAACCGUUCACUUGUGAGCAGUGUGGAAAGUGCUUCUCCCUGAAAGGCCAUCUUAAAACUCACCAGGUGACUCACACAGGAGAGAAAUGCUUCAGCUGCACAGUAUGUAAUAAGAGCUUUGCCUAUCUCAGUGUUCUUAAACAACAUCAGAGAGUCCACACAGGGGAAAAACCCCACUGCUGCAAUGAGUGUGGGAAGAGCUUCAACCGACCAGGUAGUCUUAAAUCUCAUCAAAGUGUCCACACCAAAGAGAAACCCUUCACUUGUGAGCAGUGUGGAAAGUGCUUCUCCCUGAAAGGCCAUCUUAAAACUCACCAGGUGAUUCACACAGGAGAGAAAUGCUUCAGCUGCACUGUGUGUAAUAAGAGCUUUGCCUAUCUCCAUGUUCUUAAGCGACAUCAGAGAGUUCACACGGGAAAAACCCCACUACUGCAACGAGUGUGGGAAGAGCUUCAACCGACCAGGUAAUCUUAAAUCUCACCAAAAGGUCCACACCGGGGGGAACACCGUUCAGUUGCACACUGUGCAGCAGGAGUUUCUCCCAGAAUCGCACUCUUCAGAGACUCUUCUCACAAUCAGGACUCCAGACUAAUAACUUCCCGGGGACAAUAAACAGUGUGUUUGUGAUUAACUGACAUCAUUCCCAGGACACCUUUAGGACUACAAUUUUUAUUUUAUUUUAUUUUCUCUGUGCAACGUGUCGUGCUAUUUGAAGAGACUGAGAGCAAUAGAUGGGUAUCUGCACAGACAGAAGACAAGGAAGUGGGUCCUAUUGUGGCAGCAGUAUUGCUAGGUAAGGUUACUAGGCUAGCAUUACGGCGAACCCAAGUCUAGCCUACUGUCGUGAUAUAGAACAGUAAGACUUUGUUUUAGGCUGCCGGUGUGGAUACAAAAUUCUUGUCACCUGAUUUACAAAUCUGGGCAUCGCUCUCUUUCUACUUCCAGUGUCAUCAUGAUGUAUCAACCCCUUAUUGGAUACAACGCUAUCACGUGAUUGUGUAUUUUGAAACUUUGUUCUGUGCCUGCUUGCAUGUCUUUUCAGUUACGUUAGUUAUCUUCCGGGCCACCGGGAAAACUACCAGCUAUUCAUGAAGACGAGCAUUGUAUAGCACGUCCGGUGUUCAGAUUAAAAGAUCGCUAUGUAAUUUAAA